AUGAGUUUUAGUGGAUGGGUUGAUAUUCGAACAAUUGGUGCGUCUUAUUUUCAAAUAUUAACCACAUUGUGUUCGAUGUCAAGGACCAUUAUUGAUGAUACUUAUAAAACAUUUCGUCUGACCCAAUAUAUCAAUGAUAGAGUAAUAUCUCCAACCAGAUUUUAUCAAGAUACUGUAUCCAUCAUAAAUUCAUUCCUUAACUUAACUAUCAAUGAUUUUCUACAGAUGAAGCGUUUGAUUGAUUCGGCUAUCGAUGCAAAUCAGUUUUUGAUUGGUACGAAUAUGAAUGGUGUCCCAAGCAUAACGAAUAAUAAAGUGGUGAUCUUUAAAGAAGUUCCUUUUUAUAUGGGGGCGCUCAUAUCGGAACGCGGUUUCUUCAUCAAUGGAUCAUGUUGGUGUAGUUUAGAUUAUUCUAUUUGCGUGCGCAUACCUAUGUUAUUUGGUAAUAGGGAGAGCCAAAGUGCUUACGUCUCGGUUUUUCCUGGAUUCUCUAUUCGUUGCAGACCUUCAUUUGGUUUAUAUCGAUCCAAGAUCGAUUGGUGGUAUAAUGAAACCGUUCUCUAUAAACUUUGGGAUUCCUAUAGAUUCGUCAUACCAGUAACUGUAAUACCACCAAAUAUCAAAGCACUUAAAUUUAGUGCAUCUCGAUAUAGAAUCACCAGUGAAACGGCUGAACUAGUCGAUGGCAUGUUUAUCGAAACAUGGAAUACAAAUAAUACUCGUUUCGAUUUGUUUUAUGAACAAUGUGCACCUAUAUCAUGUUCGUAUACAAUUGUUGAGCAACGAGGCAUGAUUAUUGCUCUUCUAUUAAUUAUAUCAAUUUUAAGUGGACUCAAUAAAUUAUUAAGAUUAAUUGUUCCAAUAAUUAUAAAUAUUGUUUUCUUUUUACGAAGAAAAUGGCGAAACCUACAGUUUGGAUAUGGUAUGUACAAUGAAGGGUUUUAG